UCAAUUAGCAGGAAAUGUAUGGUAGAGGAGUAUGACUCACAUUUAGUCACAUGAUUACUUGUAGCUUGAGAAAUACUCUUUCAAAGACUUAUUUUGCUAUUCUAAGGAAGCAUAACUCUAGUUUGGAGCUUCAGUUUAAAAACAACAAGACUUUUACAUAAAAGCUAAAUAAAAUUAAAACUUUGAGCGAAGGAUUUGAAAGAUAUGGUACAAAACAUCCAGAAACCUGUAUGUACUAAAGAGUCUCCGACAAUUGAUAACAGCAACCAGGGAACUGAUGCAAUGAAGCCAGAUUUCUGUAACAGAUCAAAGAUGCAAAAGAUAGUGUGUUUUAUUGCUUUUGUAUCUGUUUUUCUUUUUGUUAUAUUUGUUACUAUUUUUUUGUUACCACAAGUUCCUUUUUACAAACACCCCCAGUGUUUUUGCCCAGAGGACUGGAUUGGUUUCCGCAAAAAUUGCUAUUUUUUCUCUAAAGAAGAAAGAGAUUGGAAUUCAAGUAGAUCCAGCUGUACCCAUGAACAUGCUCUCCUAAUUAUUAUUGACAGCAUGAAAGAAAUGGAUUUCCUUAUGCGCCAUAAAGGCAGUUCUGAUCACUGGAUUGGACUAACAAUGACAGGAAACCAAAUGGGAAAAUGGGUAAAUGGAGCCAUGUUUAUCAAAUGGUUUAAUGUGAGUGGAAAUGAAGAAUGUGCUUACCUCAAUGAUGGUGGCGUGGCUUCAGCUAGAUGCUACACAGAAAGAAAAUGGAUUUGUAGGAAAACUAUGCACUAUUUAGGCUGAUGUUUCUGAUGAUGGAUUUACAGCUAUGGAUAAGAUGGUGCCUAUACCUCAACCUUCUUUUAUCCCCCUCUGUAUAACUUACUUUCAAAACUAUACUGUUUUAAUAUUAUAAUCUGAUAAUUAUCUUUAUAAUUGUUAAAAAAUGUUCCUCAAAUUAGGUUUGUGCUUCUUGCAUGGCUUGGUAAUGUGGGAAACCGAGUCUUCCAUGUUUCUUAACCCAUGUCUGGGGUGGUGGCUUGGAAUGCUAAGCCACAAGCCUGCAUGGAACGCUGUGCAGGCAUGCCUCACAAAGACAUGUGUCUUGGGGCAUGACGACCGUGUUUCACUAUUGUUCUGUACCUUGUAUCCAGAUUGUUCCUUCUGAUAUGUGACAAGAUGUAAACAGAGGCAUCUGAUGGAGUGUAUGUGUCACAAGACACGUACCAUAAGCUCCCUUGUACUAAAACAAAUAAAUAGCCAGGGCAUGGAUAUACUGGCACCCACUUGUCACACCAUGCUGUGGGUCCCCUGCUCCCUUAAAUCUUAACUUUGUAUCUGUGUUUCAUUUCUGCGUCGCCCUGUCAGCAACAUGGUAAAUCCUGUUUGCUCUACUAUAUCAAUUUUAGAAGAAUCUUGUAAUUUCACUGAAUCUAUAGGUCAAUUUUGGGAUAGUUAUCACUAUACUUGUCUGAGUUUCCAGGCUGCUAUUAUGGAUUCCACACAAUGGGUAUUUAUAGCUUAAACACUGGGAAUUUAUUGUAUCUCAGUUUCAGUGGCUGGAAGACUUGCCUCCUCCUCCUCCUCUGGCUGGCUGGCAAUCCUUGAUUGGUUCCUUGGCUUUUCCAUCACACGGCGAGGUCCUCUACUUUCUCUUCCAUGUUUUUGCUGACUUCCGGCUUCUGGCUCCUCUCUGUGGCUUUCUCUCUGUAUCUGGAAUUCUUCUUCUUAUAAUCUGGAUUAAAACAAAACAUUCAUUCAUUUGGGCCACACCUUAACCAAAGUAACAUAUAAAAGAGAUCCUAUUUACAAUGGGCUCACACUCACAGGAAAGGAAAUUAAGACCAAGAACACAUCUAAAUUAGGGUAAAUAAUUCAGUCCACGUCAAUAAUGUUUUAUUUAUGUAUUUUGAUUAUCUUUUAUUUAUUUGGGUUUUAUUAAAUUAAAAAAUUCCAUGGUUAAUAUAUAUUAUUUAUUAUAUUUAUCCCUAUAUAUCUGUUAUCUCUAUUGAAAUUGUCAUCUUAUUACCUUUUAAAAUAGGUGUUCCUAUAUAGAAAUGUAACUGUUUUGUAUAUUCUUCUGUUCAACUGCCAUCCCGAAAACUUUCUUACAGUUUGUAUACUAUUUUUAAUGUUAUAAAAUGUAGCAUCUAAGAAUAAGUUUUAUUUAUUCCUGAAUUAUAAUUUUCACUUCUUUCUUAUCUAAUUAAAAUGGACAGGACUGUCAGAGCAAUAUUGCUAGUGAAAAUUCUUAAAUUGUUUCAGAUUCUAUAGAGAAUACUACUACUAUUUUGACAUUGUUUCAUCUAUAUUUUUUUUUCUGGUAUAUACUCUUUUUUAGCUUAGGGCAGUUUCUUUUUAUUCCUAUUUGCUAAGAAAGUUUUUUUUUUCAAUGAAUAUUGAAAAUUUAUAUAAAUAUAUAUACAAUUUAGGUGUUGAGGUGAUGCAAUAGCUGGAAGGAGGUAAAUGACAUGG